AUGAAAGGAACAGUUUUGUAUAAACGUUUAGCCAAUAUUCUCGAAACCAGUCCUGGUUUUAAAAAUAAUGGUGCAACCAUCGCAUCAUAUCUUCGUCAUUAUAGCACCCAAAUAAUGGAAGCCGGACAAGCAUUUGAAGAUAUGUAUCGUCAAGGUGACUUAGUAUUUUGGAUUUUAGAUCGAGAAAUAAAUCAAAUUCUCGAAAAAUUAAAACCAAAUAUAUUCGGACAAAUAUUCUUCAAAGAUGAAUCAGCAUUCUUUAAAGAACGAAUUAAUGACAUGAUACAGGUUGUUGAUGCAUUUAAAUCAAAGGUUACAGACGCUGUCAGAGCCGUUAGAGUUGCAGAUUCGAUUAGAGAUCAGACAGAAAAAGGAUUGUUUCGUGGAAUUAAAAUUGAGGCUGAAAAAUUUGUAAAACUUGGAACACGUAAUAAUAAUGAAUAUCGGUCAAAAUCAAGUCCUCCGCCGUCGUUUCCAAACGAAGAAUUAAUUAUCGAUGUUGAAAAUGCUAAAAGGCAUUUAGAACAAGCUCAAGAAAUUUUGAACAUGCUAUAUAGAUCGGGUUAUGGGUUAAAUAGGUUGAUUAUUAUCUUGAAUAAUUAUAGAAAUAGGUUGAAUGAUGUUGAUGCAGAACUUGACGACAAGAUCACCAUUACAAAAAAACAAAUUGAGAAGUUAAGAAAACUUUUGGAUAAUUUAAAGGAAUGCCAUACAAAGUUUUUAAAACGAGAUGAAAUUGAAGAUAUUAUUGAUGUUACUCUUGAUUCUCAGGAUGAAUUCGAUGGUCAUGUAAAAGUUAGUGAAAAAAUUAGGGAUAGUAAUUUAUAG